UCUCAUUAAGCAUCAUUGUAGUAUUUGAUGAAAGAAAGCCAAAAUUAAUUUUCUAAAUUACUUUCGAAGUUUCAAUUUCCAACUACAUAGAAGAAUAUAGUUCCUCUAAUCCUCCAUUAGAGUACUUUUUGAAAAGAUUAAUCGAAGAAAAAAUUAUUCUGAAGUGGAGAUUACAUCAAAUUUUAUAAACAAUGAUGGAAAAAGAAGCUAAAAAGGAAGCUUUUAGAAAGUAUCUAGAGUCAAGCGGUGUCGUUGAUGCUCUAACUAAAGGUACGCACUUCAAUGCUCUAACUAAAGUUCUUGUUGCGUUGUAUGAGCAAAAUAACAAGCCCUCUUCUGCUCUCGAAUUUGUACAACAAAAACUAGGGGGUCCUACUGUUGCUGAAUAUGAGAAGCUCCAAGCUGAGAUGUCAGAGUUGCAAGCAAAAUACAGUGAGCUUCUGGUGACCCAUCAUGAGACCUGUAAGCAGUUGGAGGAGUACAAACAUUCCUCCAGUAUGGUAGCUUUAGAAGAGACCAUUGUAGAAAAGCCCCAUGACCACGAUGCAAGUCAUCAAGAUCAAUCUGACAAGGAAGAAACAUUACACAAGAUCAAGACACGGCAUUUGGUCCAGCAAGAUCUUGCUGAUUAAAGGGAGGGAUUCGUGUUUAAGCCCGCUCGCCUUAACUCUUUCAUUUCAAUGGGCGGAAACGCUCGGUUGUCCUUAUCAUGUAAUCAAAUGAUCCUACACACUCAAGACUUAAAGGCUUUUUGGAUAUCUUCAUUUGUUGGGUAUUCCAUUUUGUGUCUAAUUGUAAAGAUGUCGUUCAACAUCUCGUGCAUUGGAUAUUGUAAAUGUACGUCUCGACUAUGGUAUUGGUAGCCGCCAGUCUGAACGUGCGUCAA